AUGGACAGAAUUCAAUCAAGAAGACCUUACGUCAGCGCAGCGUGUACCAAUUGUAAAAGAAAACAUGCAAAGUGUUCUGGAGUGGUUCCUUGUAAAACCUGUAAAGUAAAGAACCUUAAAUGCCAUUAUGCGCCGGGUAGAAAACGAGGUCCCAAAGAAAAGUCAAUUAAUAGACUUGACGGCGCUCAAAUUACUGAUCAAUGCAAUGAUCUUGGUGUUACGGAAUAUUUUAAAGAUCCUUUGGAUAAUGAACAAUGCAAUGAUAAAAGUGAUCUUGGUGUUACGGAAUAUUUCAAAAAUCCUUUGAAUAAUGAUUUUGUCUUAUACAAUGAUUCAACUCUAAUACACCCAUACAAUCAUGAUGCUCCUACAACAACAAUUUAUAACACUUGCGAUUCAUUUAACUUUGAUGAAAGACAAACUUCGCUAGAAUUCCAACAACAAAAUGGUUUUCAAAAAGUUAUAUACGGCGUUUUCAUUAUGCCACUUACCUUCUCUCAAAAUAUCUCAUUUAAUGGUGAUUGUAAUUUGGAAUCUCAUGAAAAUAAUGGUGAUUGUAAUUUGGAAUCUCAUGAAAAUAAUGGUGUUUGUAACUUUGAAUUUCAUGAAAAUAAUUUAAUUACUGAAAUAUAUCCUCCUAAUUACAAUUCUACUUAUCCUUUUGACCAUUUCAAUUCUUCUAAUUUAUUUAAUAAUCAAUCUAUGACAAAUAUGCAAUUGGCAAUGAGUAACUCUUUUUUUAUUCCUUGA